GAGCGCUUUCUGAUGAGGCUCCCCGUGUGACAGCGCUGACGGCCUGCCGAGGAGAGUUAGGACAGCCCGAGGAGGCGCCGCGGCCUGCAGGGCGGUGGAUGGAGAAGAUAUGGACGGCGGUGGAGGAGGGCUGGGAGGCGAGGCCGGGCUCCUGCAGCAGAUCUUGAGCCUCCGGCUGGUCCCGCGGGUGGGAAACGAGACUGUAUGCAAAACCACCCUGUGCUCCUUCCCGGGUGAGAGAGAGCGGGAGAGCCGCUCUGAGGGAGGACCCAGCACCCAUUACACCCGGCCAGGAUAACCUCCCCACACUCUCACUGCUCUGAAUUACGGUCCAGUAUACCAGGCAUAUCACUGGGGUAUUAUGGGAAACGUAGUCCACAAAAAGUGGAGUGCUGGAAGUGUAGUCCCUGUGUUAUUGCCCGGUAAUAUGUCCCCUCUUAAAAGGUGUCUACUGGGACCCACCUGGAAUAGUUAUGUGAUGUAAACAUCCUAUGUGGGGCCAUUCUAGUAUGGGGGGGAACACACAAAAUGCAACCCCCAAAUCAGUUACCAGUGGUUGUUGUCGAACUACAAUUCCCAAGAUGCUUUUGAAAUGCAUCAUAGGAGCGAUUACCCCUCCUCACGGUAAGAGGCAUGGCCAAUCCAAUGCACAUGUUAAAGGGACACUAUAGUCACCCAGACCAAUUCAGCUCAAUAAAGUGGUCUGGGUGCCAGGUCCCCCCAGAUUUUAACCCUUCAGAUGUAAACAUAGCAGUUUCAGAGAAACAUUUUACAUUGAGAAACCUGUUUACAUUGCACGGUUAAUCCAGCCUCUAGAGGCGCUUCUGUAACGCUGAAUGCGAAAAUCGCGUUCAGCGUGCAGAUCAGUGCUUUCCUAUGGGCGUUUUUAAUGCACUCGCAGCUCUGGCCACGCAUUCGCAUUCCGCUCCACUCGGGAGCUGGCGUCUGAGUGGGAGGAGAGGUCACCAGAGCCCAGGGAGCGCUGAAUUAAAGUAAGUAGCUGAAGGGGUUUUAACCCCUUCAGCCCAGCGGGAUGGGGGUACUAAGGGAAAUGAGUUUGUUUUCCUGACACUAUAGUGAACCUUUAAGGAGAAUGUAGGACUAAAUGUGCAUGCGCAGUGAAUGUUGCAUGGGCAUUCAAAUUUCCCCAUAGGAAAGCUUGGAAUUAGUGCUUUUGUAUGGGGCUCCUGCAUCACAUGACAGAGUUUCUCAGUCAGUGCAGUGGAAAUUCCUCUAGUGCAGGGAUAUGCAAACUUUGGCAUUCCAGAUGUUGUGGACUACAUUUUCCUUGAUGCUUUGCCAGCAUUAUGCCUGUAAGAGUAUUAUGGGCGAUGUAAUCCACAACAUCUGAAGUUCUAAAGGUUGCCUACCCCUGCAGAAUGUACAAUAAAGGAAGUUUAAACAUUACAUAUCACAUUACAGGAAGUGUUUAGAAAAGCUGUGUCACAUGCAAGGAGAUGUGACUAGAGCUGCACAAACUGCAUGGGCAUGAUACACUAAAGCUGUUUUAUUAUGCUAAAGUUGUAUUCGAUGACUUGUUUUGGUAACCUUAUUGUCCUUGCUGUCAUCAUAAAAUGGUCCUCAAGGAUCUUUUGGUCUAGACAGUAAUAAUGAAACUGGUGUUUCUUAGAUCUAUUCUUAAAGGACCACUAUAGGCACCCAGACCACUUCAGCUUAAUGAAGUGGUCUGGGUGCCAGGUCCAUCUAGGUUUAACCCUUUUUGCUGUAAAACUGCUAUGUUUACCCAUGGGUUAAUCCAGCCUCUAGUGGCUGUCUCAUUGACAGCCGUUAGAGGCACUUCCGUGCUUCUCACUGUGAUUUUCACAGUGAGAAGACGCCAGCGUCCAUAGGAAAGCAUUAAGAAUGCUUUCCUAUGAGACUGGCUGAAUGCGCAUUCAGCCGGUGACGUCAGAAGAGGGAGAAGAGUCCCAGCGCUGAGGGAGCCCACCGCUGGAAAAAGGUAAGGAGUUAACCCCUUCCUCCCCCUUCAGCGCCACGUGAGUGGGACCCUGAGAGUGGGGGCAACCUCAGGGCACUAUAGUGCCAGGAAAACGAGUUUGUUUUCCUUGCACUAUAGUGGUCCUUUAAAGAAUAAUUACUAGAGAUAUUGGUCUCAAGAAUUCUAACAUUACACUCCCAAAAUGAUUGUCAGUGUUGGUGUUUGGUUUGCAUUAGAAUAAUAAUGUAAUUUUACAGGCACUACCUUAUUUAAAAAAAAAAAAUUGAGAAGGAAUGACCCACACGUGCUUCUGGGACAAUGUUAUGUUACCUGUGUCACGUAGUUUAUCAUUGGGCAGCCAUGGCAUUCCAGGAAAAGUAAACUACACCAGGUCUCCAUGUUGAAUUUGUUUGCUUGUUGAUCAGGUGAAAUACAUAUGUGCAUAAACACACUUGUCUAUUAAUUAUUAAAUCAAAAUAUAUAUCAAAUGUACUCUAUUUAAAGCUAUACUGUUGCUGAUUCUUAAACAUGUUUUUAUUGCAAGGUUUGAAGGUUUAUUUUUUUAUUUUAUUUAUUUUUUAUUUACCGCUAUAGUAUUGCUUUAAUUACGGGACAUUUGGUUUAUAUGUUGAUUCACUGCUGAACUCAGGGUCCUGGAUGAGGGUUACCUAUUGGUACAUUGUUCAUAUAAGAGGAGAUAUAAAGUCACCCGUACAUUUUAACAGAUUUGGUAGCAGAUGUAUAGACUGAAUUAUAAAUCUGAUGGGACCCUCCCCUCACCAGGCACUCAUUUAUUUAUUUGUUUUCUUGUUACAGAGAUGUGGUAUGGUGUAUUCCUGUGGGCACUGGUAUCGUCUCUUUUCUUCCAUAUACCUGCUGGGCUGCUAGCUCUCUUUACCCUUCGACAUCACAAAUAUGGAAGAUUUAUGUCAGUCGGAAUCCUGCUUAUGGGAAUAAUUGGGCCAAUAACUGCUGGGAUUUUAACAAGUAAGCGUUACUAUUACAUGUCUGCUAAUAGACGGUCACUGCCAAAAAAAUUGUAAGUUAGUAGAAAAACAUAUAUAGUACAGGUUCGUAAAGGAGAUAAUGGGUAAAGGGACACUAUAGUCACAGAAAAACUAAAGCUUAUUGCAUUUGUUCUGUUGCGUAAAAUCAUUCCCUUCAGGAGUGUUUCUGUAAACACUGUCUUUUUUCAGAGAAAAUGCAGUGUUUACAUUACAGCCUAGGGAUACCUCCACUUACCACUCCUCGGAUUACUGCUAGAGGUGCGUCCUUGGGCAGCACUUCCAUUUAGUGUUUCCACCCUAUCCAUUGAGACACUGAACUUUCCUCACAGAGAUGCAUUGAUUCAAUCCAUCUCUAUAAGGAGAUGCUUAUUGGCCAGGGCUGUGUUUAGUUUGUGCUGGCUCUGCCCCUGAUCUGCCUCUUUGACAGUCUCAGCCAAUCCUAUGGGGAUGCAUUGUAAUUGGCUCAGACCACCACUUCUGAUGAUGCCAGAGACAGAAUUUUGAAUUUGAAAUUUAAGGUAAUAAUUACCGAACUGGAAACAUUCUUCCAGUCUGGCUGUAUAGGUCUUACUUUUGAAUUCUGACUUUAGUGAAUAACCCUUGAUUUUACUGCUAGAAGAGAAACCCAUUUGGACAACUAUCACGCAGUUGCUCAGUUGAGUAGCUUUCUAAAAGAGAUUUUAGUGACUGAUAUAAAAGCAUGAACAGAGCUUAUGAACCAUUCCAUCGUUUUAUGUUUGGUGUGAGUGAAAGACUGUUAAUUAAAACCUCAUGGGAAGCUCGAGCAUGCUUACAGCUAUGCCUACUAUGACAUUUAUGUCUCAGUAGGCUUGCAGGUCUUUAGUUUAAGAUACAUUCACGGACUGUAAUAAUGAAACUGUUCAUCUUUCCAAACAGGUGCUGCCAUAGCAGGGGUAUAUAGAGCGGCUGCCAAGGAAAUGAUUCCCUUUGAAGCUCUAGUGCUAGGUGUGGGACAGACUUUCUGCGUUCUCAUUGUCUCAUUUUUAAGGAUUUUAGCAACUUUGUAGCCCCACGGGGCUUUGCACACCGCUACAAGUGAAAUUCCAGAGUAAAUGCAAGCAUGCGUACUACACACAAGGGCCUUGUCCAUCAUCUACUACGGAACAUCCUUGUCAUUCACUUCUGGAAUAUACGAAUGUAAGACUGCCUUCGGAACAGGUGAAAAACGACUACAGUCUUUUUGAUAAUGGAUCGAAUUAACAUAGAUUGCAGAAUCUAGAAUUCAAGCCUUUUCACCUUGGAAAACAGAUUACUGUGAAUUUAAGUUAAAAAUACUUUAUGCAGUUUUAAAGUUGGUUUUACUCUCCGUUUUGACGCCUAACCUGGAUUAAUGUCAAUGCUUUUUACUGCUGUUUGCCUUGAAGAUAAAUUGUUUUAAUCUGAAAAUGCUACUGCACAGAAACUGCCUCUCAACUCCCUAUGUUUUUACAAUAUAUAUAUAUUUUUUAAAAUAAGAAUUAAAAUGUUAAUAGUACACUUUGUAUCAAUUACAAUAUGAAACUCCAUUUUGCUUUCCUAAGGAAAAGGGGCACUUUUAAAAUGUUCUUUUAUCUACGAUCUUUGUAUGCUGCUACAAUGUGCAAACUAUUUUUUGUUUGUUUCUGGAGAUGUAAGUGCACCAGAAAUGUGUUUUUUACCGGUCGAGGAGUGGUAAUUGCUGUUUAUAGUAAAAAUUGCAAAGCUGUAUCUCCUUACUUCUGAGAAAUGUACCAUGUUUUCUACUUCAUUAAUUUUCUUUAUGUAAUUUUCUGAAUAUUGUUUAGAAAAGGAAAAAUUAUUAAUAGAGAACUCUUUGCCCCUAACCUCCUUAAAAUUGUAAUCUAUAAAAUGCAUUGUAGACCGCCCAAGUUACAAAUACCUGAAAAAUACAUGAGGGAAAGAAAAAAAAAAAAAUGGGCCGACAUUUGCCGAGUUGUGUCAAUACCAGAUGGUGCUUUCAGUAAGCGAUGCUCAGUGAGGAGGACUCGCCUUCGAUUGCAGUCGACAGCAUCUAUCAAGUGGUGUCAGCUGACACCCUCAGUAUCUCCCCGUUAACGAAAUGGAGGUAAAAAAAUAUGUAUCUUUUUUUAAAUUUGUUUUGUAAAUGGAGAGCUACUGAUAGAUUGAGCUUGUCUGCUGACAGUGUUUGGUCCGUGGCUUCCUGAUUGAAGCCUUGGUCUGGAAUGGAAGUGAAGGGGCAAAACAAUCAGUCACCAAAUUGAAGACUUGGGGGUUAAUCUAGUAGUUAAUGGCUUAACCCAGUCAGGUAAGUUAAUACCCGGAAUGUCCAAGCACUUCAUUUCAAUUAAGCUGUUAUGGUGCGAAGAGUGGUUCUUAAAUAUGGCACACUCUCUCAAUAGUAGCUUUCUAGCGAUAUUCUAAGUCUGUCUAACUUUCCUUAGUAGAAUAACAUAUACAAGGGGUGCCCAAAAGGUAGAUCCCCAGAUGUUGUAGAACUACAAUUCACCAGAUGGUUUGCAUGCCUUUAGAAUGACAAAGCAUCACGAAAGUUAUAGUUUUUAACAUCUGGGAAUUUACCUUUUGGUUACCCCUGAAAUAGACUUUGAAUGCACUCAUUGGAGAGUGAUCCCCUCAUUGCAUAUUCAUAAUAGAUCCACCCAAUAGGCAUUAACACUUAAUUUGUAUUUUUUUUAUAUAUAAAUAUUUUUUUUUUUUAACAAGAGGCAACUGGGUAUGUCUAAUUUACUGCUCAGGUAUGUAUGGAUCCUGGUGAUACUACUUCAACUAUAUAUUUAAAGCAGCACUGUCAACAUUUGUGGUCUUUGCAUAAUUUGCAAAGACUCGCGAUGGAGAUAUCGCUGCUGGGGUUUCUGUGGCUGUACCUUAUUCUCCUGUCCCUCACAGGCACUGAUAUUUUCUUCCAGUCUGUUCUGCAGCACCAGGAGCUGACGUCACUGCUGUACUCAAGCAUGUGCGAGAGUACAGCAUUGAGGCCUAUGGAGCGUCCUGAGAAACCACGGGAUUCUUCAUAGCCAGAGCCAAUUCUCUGUAGUCAUUCUUGGUACUUGUCCCAUAUCUUUUGACUGGCUUGGAAUUUCAGUGAAGUAAAUAGUCAAUAUGAAUAUUUCAUUAAAGAUUUUAGCUUUAUGAAAUAUUUAUUUUGCAGGGGCCGGGGUGUUACAGUGCUGCUUUAAAAUUUAAAUCUGACAAUUUACCAAAGAUGAUGAUUGAUGUAAUAAAACAGUGGAAGGUCAAAGCUUACUCUUUUUCAGUUGAAUGUAAGCAAACUUCGUUUUCAAGGCCUUUUUUUUUUUUAUUAUAUAGAUAUAGAGAUAUAUAGAUAGAUAUCUAGAUAUCUCUAUCUCUCUAAUAAAAAAAAAUAUAUAUAUGGCCUUGAAAACAAAGUUUGGCCCCACCCUCAGGGUCCCUCUCCCGUGGCGCUGAAGGGGUUAAAAUCCUUUCAACAGUUUACCUUAAUCCAGUGCCCGUCUCCCUUAGCGCUGGUGACCUCUCCUCCCCGUCCGACGUCACUGGAGCUGAAUGCACAUGCCCGUCUCCCUUAGCGCUGGUGACUUCUUCACCCCGUCCUACGUCACUGGAGCCGAAUGCACAAGUGCCGCGCGCGCAUUCAAAGUGUCCAUAGGAAAGCAUUUCUCAAUGCUUUCCUAUGGAUGCACUGCGCGAUGGAGGCGAAAUUCACCUCUAGUUACUGUCCGGAAGACAGCCACUAGAGGCUGGAUUAAACCCAAAUGUAAACAUAGCAGUUUUUCUGAAACUGCUAUGUUUACAUGUGAAGGGUUAAAACCUGAGGGACCUGGCACCCAGCCCACUUCAUUGAGCUGAAGUGAUCUGGGUGACUAUAGUGUCUCUUUAAACAUGAAAGGAUGUUAAUAUAAUAUAAUUUUUUUGUUUUGUUUAUUUUUAACAUUAAAGAUUUUAGACAAAUUAUUCCAGACUGGAACUACCGUACUUGAGUGAGUGCCAUUUUGUUCUGGAAAACAGUGCUUUGCAGAUUUUUAUUUUUGUAUUAAAAAAAAAAAAUAUAUA